AAUGAAAGGGACGUGGCAGUGGGAAGAAGGUUGAGGAACCGUGGAGAAGUCUGUCUCUCAUCAAAGACAAUGUUGUUUUCUUGCAGUGUUUCAGGAAUAAGUGCUGUGUUCUAUAAAAUGACUGCCAGCAACAGGGAGGACAUAACAAAGGUUUUAGUGAAAUACCUGAAGGAUCUUGCUGCACAGCUAAACACACCAGUUUGCAGAAAGGAUAUCCAGAGUGAUUCUGAUUGGCUGAGUGUCAACUUGGGUCUGUUCUCGACAACAGCAGACUACUCUGAUCUUAAAGAAUUGAAUAUCUCUGGGGUGGUGGUUCUGGACUUGCUUUCUCCAGAACAGAAAGCAGAGCUGCUACUAGAUCCAUCAACUGGUGCUCUAGAGAAUGAGACGCUGGUGAAAGAAUUGAUGACGGGAAUAAUCUCAUCCUCUGGAGAGGAGCAGCUCUAUGUGUUCUUUCAGACUUUUGUCAAAGUCACUGUAUUGAUGAACAUAACUAGGAUUCCUCCAGCAGUGUCAGAAACCAUUCUAAACAUGACACUGCUAGCUCUGGUGCCCCAAUUCCCGACCUUCAGCCCACAGGACUUUGCCCUGUGGUUCCAGACUUAUCUCCAUCUCUUCCUUACUGGGAUUGGUCCUAACACCCUGUCAGUUAUCCCGAGGAACGUCAGCUGUGACUCAUACAGAGAAAUCAUGAAAGGAUUUGAUAAUGUGUACAGCGGCCUCUCAUUGACACAAUCUGGGCAGAUCUUCAGUUUCAUACAAGACUAUCUUCAGCACCAGUUCAGCCAAGAGCCAGAUAGUCUGGGUUGCUAUCACGGUGGGAGCUUCUAUGCCUUCCUCAGGAGCUCCUUCCUCAGUUUUGGACUUCCUGACCUGAGUGCCUUUUUGUCCCUCAUCCCAGCCAGCCGACAGCAAGAGCUGUUGGGCUCCAUCUCUCCAAGAGAACUGUAUGAGUUUCUGAAUGGGCCGAACACAGUCAGGAACGGGUCAGAUCUCUGCACACUCCUCAACAACUACAACAGCACCAACCAGUACCUGGAGACGGAGCCGGUUGUCUCUGCAGCUGUGGGCAGACAGACGUUGGGGUGCGUUUGGUCUCGUGCUCUCAGCGCCUCGUCUCAGGAUGAGGCGGCUCAGUGGUUUAAUGUAAGACUGGCUCAGUACCUGCCCUUCCUCAGCUCUCAGCUCAUCAGCCCCACCCAGCUUAGCGGCACAUCCUGCCUGUCAUACAGGAAACUGGUCUCAGUCCUGGGGAACAGCUAUAACUACUCGGGCACUGAUUUCACUCCAGCUGAUGUGUACAGCUCUAUAAAGGCUUAUCUGAACAGCAGUGAUGGCUCUCCCCACUGCUAUAACUCUUCUGAUCCUCUUCUGAACUCCACUGCCUGGUUUGCUAACAACAUUGGAUUCUUCAUCACCUUCAUCUCCCUCACUGACCUCCAGUCCUUUGUAUCAGACAGUCAGAUCGGUGCGUUCCUGGAAAACUCAGAGAAUCUUCAGCUGUUUAACAAUUCAGAAAUUGCAUCCAACGUCACCACAUACUACGGCACACAGCUAUACAUCCAGAAUCCUAACUACAACCCCCUCAGGCUACCAGGUGUGCUCUUGUGUGGAGCUCCUGGCUCUGUGUUUGUGUCUCUUGGAGCUUCAGACAGCCAGAUCAUCCUGGAGGGCAUCAACAAAUUCUGCAGUGGAGUUGAUUUAGAGGUUUCAACAGCACUAGUCACAAACUUCCCCACUUUAUCCACAUCCACCAUCGAGUUGCUCGGCAACCAGAGCAUUGGUCUGACUGAGGGCCAGAUAAGAGAUGCUACCCCCAAUAUCAUAAACAGUACCCUGCCCAUACUCAGCAUCAUCACAGGCUGGAACCAGGGUCAGGUCAACAACAUCAUCCAGAGCAUCACUAGUGCAGGCUUUAAUAUCAACAGUGCCUCUUCCUUGUUGACUCUGGGCACGCUCGUUGGAGGCGUUCCCUCGGCAACAGUUUCCAGCAUCUCACCCACUCAGCUUCUGACUAUAUCCCAGAAUCCAACAUUCAUCACCAACAUUCUGUCAGCACCAGUGAUUCUACAACAGACAUACGUCCAGAAGAUUGUCUCUGUAGACCAGAACAAAGUGGUGGAGAAUGUUCCAGAUGCAUUGGCAGCGUUUAUCCAACCUGUACUACUGGUAUACUUGAAAUCAAUUAAUGUUUUACUCAUCAAUAAGAAGAUCUGGAGACAACAACAGGCUGCUGUGCUGUUUGGUGCAGUUUCCAGAGCCACUCAGGAUACAGAAGGGCUGUCAGAGUCGAUACUGCAGGGAUUCACCUGCAGCUCAGUUAGGAAUCUACCACUGCAGAAAGUUGAACAGCUGGUGAAAGCCUGUAGACCACGUACAGGCAGGAACAAGGUCAUCCUGAAAGAGUCUCAGCUGACCUGCAUGUACCGCUAUGUGAAAGAUGACUCAUCUCUGACCUUCACUGAUUUCCCCUCGGACAUGCUUCUCUAUUACAGCUAUGAGAAGGUGCAGAAGGUGAACUGCAGGUCAUAUUUCGGUGCUCUGGGUGGAGCAGAUUUCUCGGUUCUUUCCAGCGUCCUCAAUAGACAGUCCAUCUUGUUCAAGAAUGCACGGGACUGCUUGGGUAUAUCUGGUGCAGGUCUGACCAGCGAUCAAGUGGAGGUUCUGGGCAAUAUGGUCUGCACACUGGACUCCUCCUACAUCCAGAACUCUCACCCACUCAUCCUGGAGAAACUGAAGAACUGUGAUGAUCUUUCUGACUCUCAGGUCGAUGCUAUACAGGCACUGCUUUACAUUGGCAACACUCCUUAUGGAAAUCCCUCAGCAUGGAAUCAGCAGACUCUACGGCAGCUGGGCAUCCUCCCCCUCUACCUCAAACGAGACUUCUGGAGUCAAUUUAGUUCGCCUGUAAGGAAAAGGUAUCUCAGAUCAUUCUUGCCAUUCCUGAGAAAAAGGAAGACCCAGAAGUGGAAGCUGAGCAGAUUGUUUAAAGCAUACAUGACCGUCAGAUUCAAACGUUCUGCAGACUGUACUGUCGGCAACAUCACAGCAGUGACGAUUGCAGAUGAGGCGUUCCCUUAUGACUAUGACUCUACACAGUUUGAUUUGUGUCUGGACAUCACUGUCCUGAAUGACAACCUGGCAGCCAUCACUGAAAAAGUGCUAGAUGCCACCUACCAGAUGAUCAUUCUGAACAAAUUAAACCAGCUCUACCCAUCAGGCCUUCCAGAGAGUGUAAUACAGCUACUGGGCUCCACAUCUCGUGUGGCCAAUGUUAGUGACAUCAACAAGUGGAGCAUCACCACAAUUGACACACUGUUCUCUCUGAUGGACCCUUAUGAUGGAGACUGGACCUCAGAGCAGAGUGCUGCAGUGAUUAUGAGGUAUCUGAGUGUGCCUGGUAACAUUCUGGGAAGUGCUGAACUAUUUGCAAUCGGCGCAAACAUCUGUUCUUUGGAUAUCAUUGUCCUCAAAACCAUCACUGCUGAUAGCUUGAGGAAUGUAUAUGGUUUGGAUAUAUCCUCGUGCUCUGUUGAUCAGAAAUCAAUUCUGUACAGCAUCGCCAACUCCUCAUUCAGCACUGAGCUCAGCGACCCCACAACAUACUACGAACUUAUCAGCCCUUACCUGGGUGGAGCUCCUCUUGAGGAUAUACAAGCUCUUUCUGCUCUGAACAUCAGCAUGGACAUCGAUAUCUUCUUAAGUCUGAACUUUGAUGUCAUUAUGGCCCUGAGUGUGAGUACAGUGCGUGAUCUCUUAGGGGCAAAUGUGGCUGAUCUGAAGCUGUUUGAGAACUCUUCUGUGAUUCAGUCCUGGCAGAAACAGCAGAAACAGUCUGAGUUGAACACCCUGAAUAUUGACCUGCUGUUGGGUAUACCUGAUGUCAUCAUCUCUACAUCUGUACCCGUCACCAACACUGUCAACAUAGACAGUAAUAAUUAUAACAACACCAUAACUAGUACCCACUGCAAGCACCAGCACCACUGCUUCCAACAAUGAGAAC